AUGAAUAUCUUACCAAAAAAACGAUGGCAUGUUCGAAAUAAAGAUAAUAUUGCUCGGGUUUUACGUGAUGAAAAGAAAGCAGCAGAAGAAGAAGAAGAAGCACUUCGAAGAAAAACUUUAGCUGAACAAGAAGCUCGUCUUAAUUAUUUAAGAGCUAAACGUGGUGAUCAUUUGAUACAAUUUCAAGGUUCUGAAGAUGCAUCAUCAUCAACACCGACACCAACAGAACAUGUAAAUUUAUUUAAACUUGAAGAACAAGGAUUAAAAACCAGUGAUGCUACUAACGCUGAACAUGAAAAAGAGAAAAAAGCUGAAACAGAAGAAUUUGAGAAAAAGAUUGGAUUAUUAACUUAUCUUGGUGGCAGUGUUGUAGAAAGAACUGUUCCAUGGUAUUUGGAACGAGGAGGAAGCAAACAAUUAUUAUCGAAAGAAUCAUCUAAAGCUGAUCGGGAAGAACGUGAUCGUUUACGUAUUCAAAAACAAGAUCCUCUUAAUUCUAUGUCAAAAUAUGUCGAUGAUUUAAAACGAAAACGUGAUGAUGAAAAUAAAUCAUCUUCUCCUAGUACUAAAAAAACAAUAUCAUCUGUCUCUUUAUCAUCAUCGUCUUCAUCUUCAUCUUCUCGUAUUGAACAAUUAAGAGCAGCAAGAUUAAAACGUGAAUCAGAAGAACGUACAAAAACAGCUGCUUAUUUAUCACGAGCUUUUACUGGUACCGAUCAAACAUCAACUACACCUGAACAAACUCCUAUUGAAACAGAUGAUCGUAAACGACGAUAUAAUUCACAAUUCAAUCCUGAUUUUGCUAAACAAAAUACACAAUAUGCUACAACACAUGAUAUGAAUUGGAGAGAACAUUAUUAG